AUGGCUGAUAAUCAAAAAAUUACGGUCCAGCAUGUGUUCCGUUUCAUUCCGAAUGUGAUUGGAUAUAUCAGGGUCUUAACUGCAUUUCUAUCGUUUCUUACUAUGAAAAAUCACCCUGUGUGGACACUGGUUCUUUAUGGGAUAUCAGGGUUUCUCGACGCUUUCGAUGGGUACGCCGCCAGAAAAUUUGACCAAGGUACCAGAUUUGGUGCUGUACUAGAUAUGGUUACCGAUAGAUGCGCCACAUCAUCAUUGAUAUGCUACCUAUGCGUAAUAUACCCACAGUAUUGUGUCAUGUGGCAACUCCUUGUUUCGUUGGAUUUGUCAUCUCACUACAUGCAUAUGUAUGCCAUGUUAUCCUCGGGAUCCACCUCUCAUAAGAAUGUUGGUGAAAAAUCAAAGCUUUUGAAUUUAUAUUACACAAACAGAAAGGUUUUGUUUUUUGUUUGCUUGGUAAACGAGUUGUUCUAUAUGGCAACUUAUUUGCAUUAUUACAAUUUUUUCUGGAUGGGCACUUGCUUGGGCUGGGUGAGCGCCCCGAUCUGGAUUUUUAAGCAGAUCGCAAACGUUGUGCAAUUGAAAAAUGCCGCUUUGAUAUUGGCCGAAAAAGAUGCAUUAGAAAGAUCGACAAAAGCCAACUAA